CGUUGUGCGUGUUGUGCGUGGGGUAAUGUAAGCUGGUUGGCACUGCCGUGGAUCGCGACUGGUGCUGUGAAGCGCGUCGGGCUCUUAGGCCAUGCAACCAGGCUGUCUCUCAGAGUGAAUACAAAUACACAAGCACUGGAAAGAAAUAUUUGAUUUGAAGGGUCUGGAAAUUGCAUGCUAGUCUAGUAAGUUAAAGGCAUUGCUAUAAUACAGCUGCACCAUGAAUGCACCACCAUCAUUUGAAUCAUUCCUGCUGUUUGAUGGUGAGAAGAAGAUUGUGCGGGAGCAGGACACAAAGGUGCCAAAUGCUGCCAUCUACACCUUCAACAAGGAGGACCACACACUGGGAAACAUGAUCCGCAACCAGCUUCUCAAGGACCCCAACAUCAUAUUUGCGGGCUACAAGAACCCGCACCCGUUGGAGUCGAAGGUCAUCCUGCGCAUCCAGACGACGUCUGACUACACCCCUGACGAGGCGCUCAUGAACGCCAUCACGGACCUGCUCUCGGAGCUCAGCCUGCUAGAGGAGCGGUUCGAAGUGGCAGCGCGGCACUUCAAGAGCGACCGACUCUAGUGGACCUGCGGCCGACGAUCCGGCGAAACGUUCAUUCCCCGUAGGCGGCGCGGCGCGUCAGAGCGGCUGUCGGCGGCGUGCUGACGGCCCAGCCGCCGCUCGUGGGCGGUGCGGCGCUCGACGGCCGGGCCUCGACACCGUGCGGACCGGAGUGACCGGAGUGUCGGGACGUGUAUGACACUAGGCUGGGGCCUUCCGCAGUCUCCGGACGACGGCCACGCUGAGAGGAGCGGCGUGACGACGGAGGCGCAGCAUUACCGACAGGACGGACACGUGGCACGCCUAGGUCGUCCGUAGCCUCUUGCAUGGUGGGCUCUGUGUGGGAGCGUGCCAGCAGAUCAUUUGUGUUCCCCAUGGGUCGGUGCCCAAUGCGCUUUACGGCGUGCCUGUAGCCACUUCAUACAUUGUCUGAUUCUUUUCUCGGCGAUGAGGGGCGUUGCGAUCAUUAUUUGUCGUCGGAAGCAUUCUGAAGCGUGUUUUAUGGGUUCAUUUGUCGAUACAAGGUGCCUCCAUCAUGAGUUAUAGACCAUUCACGUACUUCGUUACCCCCAAAUUUAAAGAAAGCGACACGUCGCAACUGUGUUCGGAACCUUUCAAUCCCCGGCAGUACAUGCCACAUUUAUCAAACCUUUCGCCCCUCAGCUGAAAGGAGUGUGUACCUGUAUGGGGGUGGUCACCCAUUAGCGGGACGUUAUGCCAUCACUGCGUAUUGAUGCCCACAAUCAGUGAUGCACUGUGCGUACCGUAUCGAAAAGAAUGAAGACAGUCAUGCUGCUCUGCUUCGUCACUACCAUAUUGAACGACAUUGAUACUGAAGAUAUGUAAAUCAUAAGGACAUGACAGGAUCCAUUAGAAUCAUGCAAGGCUAAAUGAUAGACUUAUUAGCUAUAGGGACAGGCUUAUUAAAUAUAGCGACAUCAUUUAUUAGAAUUAUAA